AUGCGUUUAGAUGUGCUGACGAAUUGUUCAAUUUUGCUCGUUCUUUUGAGAAAUUCGACUGUUCAACUGUCUGCCAGCAAGAAGAUGAUGAUGAUUACAGUGAAGACGACGAUGACUAUGAUGAUGAUGACGGCGAGGACAACGUAUGGUUAUGAUGAUGAUGAUGAUGAUGAUGACGAGGACGACGACGAAAUCUCAAGCACGUCAGAUAAUGAGCAGAGCGACAGCGGCGGCAAGAAAGCUGAAAAACAAAUGAAGAAAAAGUUCCAUCUUUCUCUGAAGCUCUUUCUGUCUUUCACUCCUUUGUAA